UAGCGUUCGAUUGUUUCGAUAAAAUGAUUUUUCUCCGAAUCGAGUCGAUCGCGCACCCUCGAUACUUCACUGAUAACACACGUGACACACCUUGUAACUUUUAUUCGAAAAAACAGUGCGGAAACGGUACGAUUACGACUCUUUUCUUUUGAUUUUUCAAUCCAAUUGGAACAAACUGAAAAGAACAUAAAAAUUUCGUAAAAAUGGUAGCGCAAUAUAGCAAGAAAGUUUGCAAUUCCUUUAUAGCCGUUAGAGCUAAAUAAUGAGCCAGUCUGACCAGACAGACUCGAAGGAACCGACCCAAAAUAAUCGUUGGACUCUCACCAAUCCCUUUGAUCUCGGCAUCAAAAUGUUAAAAGACCGGAGGGAUAAAAUCACCAACGGUGGUAAAUACAGUGAGCGUUACAAAGACACUUUCUCCCACGAAGUGAAAGAAGAAAAGUACCCGUUAAGUGCCAAGUGUCGCGAAACCCUGGAACACUAUCGCAACUUAUCGAAAACCAGUGAUAAAUCUGACAGUUCUUCUUUAAGCUCACGCCAUAGCCCUAAUUUAACUACUGAGAUGAUGGGAACCCCCAAGGCCAUGCCAAGUAAUGCCACAAACGAUUUGAAUAAGCAGGAAAACGCUCUGGUAGGUUACAAGCUGGUACCCGACAGAGGAACCAAGCUGCCAAUCGCCACUAGUCCCACAUCGCAAAAGCAAUUCAAGUAUUUCAAGAAAAACAAAGAUCUUCACAUUUACAACAUCACCCCUACCGACUCCCAUUCAUCAUCUAAUCCUCCCCAACGUGUGGCAUUAAACUUAAUCCUCAACGAGCCCAAUGGAGCUCCCCCAAACAAUGACAACACCAUGAGCCACUUGGACAACGUGGAAAGUAUCAUAUCAAAACUGAAGGAAAAAGAAAAGAAAGAGGAUAAUUUGCGUAAAUUCGACGAGCUUGUAAAAAAGGUUAUCCGGCAUGACCCUAACAAGAAUCUUAAUCCAAUAAAAGAUACCACAUCUAAAAAACCCGUCCCCGUUCUAGACCAAUCGCAAGACAUCCUUAAGCCUCAAAAAGCUCUGUUGAAUCCCAUGAAGCCUUCGAAAGAGAUUGAGGAUCUUCAAGCCAGAGGUUUUAGCGAUGUGGAAACGGAGGAUCACGACGACGAACAUUUUAAGAGGCACGUCAAAGAACGAAAGAGUAUGGAUCAUCAGUCCAGUGCAAAGGAGAGGGCCAAGGAUGAUGCUAAAACAUCAUUGAACAGAACUGCUAGCGAUGUACAAGAUAAGAAUGUGGUCACUUUGAAAAGAAAACCGAGGUUAUCGAGGGAGCGGAAUAAGAGCAAUGAUAAUACGGAAUCAUCUGGCGGACGCAGCAACUCGACGACAUCGGCGAGCGGAAGGAACCGACCGAGGUUGGGAGAUGAGCCGACCAUCGGCAAAUACAAGUUGCUUAAGACCAUCGGCAAAGGGAACUUCGCGAAGGUGAAACUGGCGAAGCACGUACCCACGGGCAAAGAAGUAGCAAUUAAAAUAAUAGACAAGACCCAGUUGACUCCUGGAUCUUUGCAGAAACUUUUUAGGGAGGUACGAAUAAUGAAGAUGCUGGACCACCCGAACAUCGUCAAGCUAUUCCAGGUGAUUGAGACCGAGAAAACAUUGUACCUGGUUAUGGAAUAUGCCUCUGGAGGUGAAGUCUUCGACUACCUUGUGCUCCACGGUAGGAUGAAAGAAAAAGAGGCCAGGGCGAAAUUCCGACAAAUCGUUUCUGCGGUACAGUACUGUCACCAAAAGAGAAUUAUUCAUAGAGAUUUAAAGGCUGAAAAUUUGUUGCUGGAUAGUGAGAUGAACAUUAAAAUAGCAGAUUUUGGAUUCUCAAACGAAUUUACUCCGGGCAACAAAUUAGACACUUUUUGCGGCAGUCCUCCAUAUGCUGCUCCUGAACUUUUCCAAGGCAAAAAGUACGACGGUCCCGAAGUAGACGUUUGGUCGUUGGGCGUGAUCCUGUACACCCUAGUCUCCGGUAGUUUGCCUUUUGACGGGUCGACUCUGCGUGAGCUCAGGGAGCGGGUACUGCGCGGCAAGUACCGGAUCCCGUUUUACAUGAGCACCGACUGUGAGAAUCUGCUCAAAAAGUUCCUCGUGCUAAAUCCCGCUAAGAGGGCCAGCCUGGAGACCAUUAUGAAAGACAAGUGGAUGAACCAGGGGUAUGUUGGCUAUGAAAAUGACGAACUAAAACCGUACGUGGAACCCGAAGCAGACAUGAGUGACCCAAAAAGGAUCGAAGUUCUAGUCAGUUUAGGCUUUAACCGAUACGAAGUGGAAAAUUCAUUGGAUACCCAAAAAUACGACGACGCCUUCGCGACCUAUCUGCUUUUAGGAAGAAAAAGUACAGAUCCGGAAAGUGACGGCAGUAGAAGCGGUUCCAGUUUAUCGCUUAGAAAUAUGGCGGGCCAGCCGCAAACGGGGGCGACACAACCCACUGCGCAAAGUCCCUCGCACCGGGGGGUGCACAGGUCAAUUUCUGCUACACACGCGAAAUCGAACCGGAGAGCGUCGAGUGGAGGUGUCCGAGGGUUGGCUUUUGGUACUCCUUUACCGUUGGCAGGAGAAACAUUAAGGACAGGACCGCAACCACAGACAACAACUCCACAGAGCAAUAACCACCAAAGCGGUUUUAAGCGGCAAAAUACCGUAGACAGCGCCACAAUAAAGGAAAACAGUGCCAGGAUGAAUUCUAGGCCGGCCAGUGCCCAACCGAAAACCAUUGCCGAAAACAGAGUACAAUCUUCGGCUAGGGCUCGAACUGUAUCUAAGAAUACGACGUUAUCUUUAGGGACCACGGUGGGCCGGAGAUCUACGAUUAGUUACGACGGUAAAUCGGAAAGCACCGAGAAGACUAAUCUUCCCGCAGAUCUACCUAGCUCCGAGACGAGCGGAGACGGUGCCGGCAAUACGACAACUGCGGGGCGGUCUGCUGGCACUGCGGUCGGCGGGGGCGGAGGUGCGACUUCCGGCACCGCCGCCUCCGUAACCGCGACGGCCAAGGGUCACGUCAAGUCGGCCUCGGUUAGCAGUAGCACGCCCCCCGAAAAUCCCAAUGCUAACGAUCCCUUGCGUUCUAGCCGCACGACGGCAUCGCCCGCGGUAAACAGACAGCAGGCUUUCCCUAGAAAUACCUCGUCCAGGAGCACCUUCCACUCGGGCCAGACGCGUCCGAGAGCUCAGUACCCCCCAGGUGCUCCGGGGGACUCGACGCACCCCAGGCAGUCUUUUUUUGCCAAGUUCAGCCUCAAAAGCUUUACGAAAAGAGCAUUAGAGCCCGGCCAACAAGUUAAACACAGCAAUUCACCUUUACCUUCAGUGGGGGUUGGUGGUGGGGGUACACAAAAUGAAGAACAUGUUAAGCCCAGAUCUUUGCGUUUCACGUGGUCAAUGAAGACUACUUCCAGUAGAGAUCCAUCAGAGAUUAUGGCUGAAAUCAGAAAGGUGCUAGACGCAAACAACUGUGACUAUGAACAACGCGAACGGUUUCUUCUGCUUUGCGUGCAUGGAGACCCUAACACAGACAGUCUUGUACAGUGGGAAAUCGAAGUGUGUAAAUUGCCGAGAUUGUCUUUGAACGGAGUUAGAUUUAAGAGAAUUUCAGGUACAAGUAUUGGCUUCAAAAACAUUGCUAGUAAAAUAGCGAACGAACUAAAGCUGUGACUAGUCAGGGAGAGGGACCUUUCAACUAGCGAGGAAACCCCGACGACAUAGUACAGACGGAACCGAACUAGAGGCGUGCAGUUUCGAACGCCGCGCCUCCAUUUUCGUUUUCGAUGACACAUUUUUAGGAAGCCAAUUUAUUUUUUUUUUUUUACAUACUAUGUAUUAUACAUGAGUGCACUUUGCUUUUGAAAUAAGUUUUUUGAAAAAUUCUCUUGGCAUUUAAAUUGUCAACGCGGUUUUAUUACGAAGCACGCCUAAAAAUGGCAAAUCGAAAACAAAAACAGGACUCUCGUUUCUAGUGAAAAUCUAAACAAAAUAUAGAACAUUCAGUGGCGUACAAGUAAACGAAAACUAAGCUUAUAUCCUAAAUGAACCAACCAUAUAAUUUUUUUCGAAUAAUGCUCUAAAAAGUUAGUUUAUAAGGUUAAAACAAAAAGAAUAAGUAAAAACUCUCGACUUUAAUUCAAGCUUGUGAUACGUGGAAUUGAAGAACGUGCAUAGGAAAUCUUCUUAGAACAUACACAUGUCCUAUUCAAAACUCUUUUUCAGACGAACGUUUGAAUUUAAUUAAAAGUGAAAUUAGUAUUAAAUAUUGUAGAUUCGGACCGCCAGAAUUGUUGUUUACGCUAAUAAUGGCAAAUAUUUUAGUUUUUCCACCUUGCUUAUGUUUUUAAGUUAAAUAAACAUGUCUGGCACAACUAUUGAAUCAAUUAUAUUAAUGAAACAUUGUAUGUCAACAUGAAACUGUUUUAUAAGCCAAUCGGUUUUCAUUGUACGGUAAAUAUUUAUUCUAUUUAGUAAUUAUUUUCAGUUUAUUAUUUUUUAAUAUAAUGUAAUCCCACGAAAUAUAAUAAAUAUUUUAAAAGGAAA